GUUUGGAAGGGUGGUUGGGUAAAUUUGAACAGCUCUCCCGGUUUUGCUGUGUUCAAGCUAUACAAAUCAUCUUUUAAGAAUUUUAAGGAAAUAUACCUUAAGGUAAGUAGCUGCGAAGAUGACUUUCCGUUUUAUGUUGAUGAGCAUUUGGGGGAAAGAUUUCCUCUCUGGUGGUGUUCAGAGCCUCGGAACAUUUUAGAUCCUGAAUCUAUAAGUCCGAAGGAUGAGUGCAUGAUUGAGUUUUUGACCGAGUUUGUUGAUCGGCAAGAAUUGAUUUCUGUUUAUGACCUGCUGCAAUGGGAGGAAAAUAAGGCUGCUGUUGUGGAGUAUUUGGGUAAGAUUUUGAAUUGUGCAUGUUGUAUUAUGUCUGAGGUUUUUGACCAUUUUUUGUUUUCCGUGUUUUUCAGGUGGGAAGUACCCAGGUGUAUCUGCCGCGAGUUUGAGGUCUCGGGUGAAGAGCAAGGGUUUGGAUAAAGAGGUAUCCUCGUCCAAGGCAGAGAAGGUUGGUGUUGGCGAGGUUGAUCAACCAAGGCGGGGCAGGAGGAAAGUUAUUGCUAAGAAGAGAAAGGGUGAUGUGGUGGAUUUGUCCAAUGUUUCUGGUGAUGAGAAGGAUGAUGUUCCGAUGGAAGAGCUUCAUAGGUUUUGUGAAAACCAGAAAAAGUUGCAUGGUUUUGUUGAGCGGAGUGAGGGGUUGUCGCUCUGGGGGAAAGAUCAUCCUUUCAUGAUUACUGUGGAUGAGGUAUGCCAGACCCCGUCUGAUGUUAGUUUGGCGGAAGAGGUGGGGGAUGUGGCAAUUGAUCAAUAUAUGCAGGUGGUGGGUUUGCGACUGGCGAGUUUGGGGCGCAUUCGUGAGAAGAUUCAUCGGAAGAUGGUUGAAAAGAGGGAGGAUCUGAGUUUGAAGGAAGAGUUGGCUGUAAAAGUUGCUAAGGUUUCUGAACUUGAGGUGAAGUUAUUUGAGGUUAAAAAACAUUUGAAAGAGGUGAAGGAGAGCUAUGCCAAGGAUGUGGAAGAUUUAAAGAAGAAAGAAGCUGACUUAUCUUCUUUGAGCACCCGUAUGAUUGAGGUUACUGCCCAGAUGAAGGAGUUGGAGAAGAAUAAGCAAGGAGAGAUUCUGGAUUCCUUCCUUGAAGGUUUUGAGAGGGCUGUUCUUCAGGUGAGGUUUCUGGCUCCCGAGGUUGAUUUAUUGGCAAUGGAUCCGGGCAAAAUAGUACAUGAUGGUGUUAUGGUUGAGGAUGAUGGUGCUACGGAGCAAGGAGAUGAGAAUAUGUAA